GGAAGCAAAAAAAAAAAGCUAACUCGCCGCGUAUGGUUUCUGCGCUGCCUGCCAUAAUGCCGCUUUUAGCUCUUGACCAAACAUUUCACAACAUUCGCGUCGGGAGCCAAAUGACGUCUUGUAUGGAGUGAACGGACGUCAAAGAACAGUCGCCUCCUUUCGGCUUUCAGACCCCAAAUGAUGGACUGGUCAGUGAGUACCCGGGCCCUGGUGUGGUGCAUUUUGCUUUACUACGCGGCUCUGCCACUCCAGGUGUUUUGCAACGCCAGCACGGUUUCGCUCCCUGAAAACUUGCUCUUUGUGUCCACCCUGGAAGGAAACCUGCAUGCUGUCAGCAAGAAAUCUGGGGCCAUCAAAUGGACGCUGAAAGAAGAUCCAGUUCUUCAAGUCCCCACGCAUGUUGCAGAGCCAGCCUUUCUGCCUGAUCCCAACGAUGGCAGUCUGUAUUCUCUGGGUGGAAAGAACAAUGAAGGCCUGACAAAAUUACCAUUCACUAUUCCUGAGUUGGUGCAAGCGUCUCCCUGCCGCAGUUCAGAUGGAAUCCUUUACAUGGGUAAGAAGCAGGACCUCUGGUACGUGGUGGACCUGUUGACUGGUGAGAAGCAGCAGACGCUGACGUCGUCCUUUGCCGACAUGCUGUGCCCUUCCUCCUCUCUCCUCUAUCUGGGGCGCACAGAAUAUACCAUCACCAUGUAUGACACCAAAAGCCGAGAACUGCAGUGGAAUGCAACUUAUUCGGACUACGCCUCCACCCUUCCCGAUGAUGAUACCAAAUACAAGAUGGCCCAUUUUGUGUCGAACGGCGACGGCCUGGUGGUGACGGUGGACAGCGAAUCUGGUGACGUCCAGUGGGUCCAAAACUACAACUCGCCUGUCGUGGCCAUGUACAUCUGGCAGCGUGAGGGGCUUCGCAAAGUCGUCCACACCAACGUGGCCGUGGAAACCCUGCGCUAUCUUACGUUCAUGUCCGGAGAUAUGGGCCGUAUCACCCAGUGGAAGUACCCCUUUCCAAAGGAGAAGAAGACAGACAAUAAGUUAAUGUCCACUUUGUAUGUGGGUAAAUAUUCCACCAGCCUAUAUGCGUCUCCCUCUCUGGUGCACGAUGGAGUCACGGUGGUGCCUCGGGGAAGCACCUUCCCUAUGCUGGAGGGUCCAGACAGGAAGGAGACGGACGAGGACGAAGAGUGUGUCAUUACGCCGAGCACCAGUGUUAAGUUCAACUCUGCGCUGCGCGGGCGCAAUCGCAUUAACUACAUGCGUAACUACCUGCUGCUCAUCGGUCAUCACGAGACACCUCCUGAAGCUCACAACAAGAUCCUGGAAAGAUUCCCUGAUAGCCUUCCUCGUAACCAGGCCAACGUCAUUCCACCGAGUAGUAACAAGAAAGCUGAGGAGAAUGUGAAAAAUGUUGUCAUGGAGGACAUUCCACCUUCCGCUAUGCCUGAAAUGUCAAUCCAAGAACCCGGGCUUGGUGGUCGCACCGUUCGUCCGGAAGCCUCUGUGGACUCAAUGCUGAAAGACAUGGCCACCAUUAUCUUUUCCACUUUCCUCCUGGCGGGUUGGGUGGCCUUUGUGAUCACGUACCCCAAGAGUGUCCACAAGCAGCAGCAGCUGCAGCACCAGGAGUUCCAACGACGGAUGGCUGAACGAUUGGAGAUGCUGCAGAGGCAGCAGCCUUUCCCCUCUGCGGACAUGUCGCUUCCUCUGGUCCCGGACAGCGACUACCUGGAAGUGGCUCACACUCGCUCGGAAUGCUCCGACCACAGCAGCCCAAAUGUCACCCCGCGUGCCUCCAACCACUCCAAUCUCUCCGUUUCCGAGCUGGGCAGCUCUGCCAAUGAACACGAGGAUGGAGAGGAUGAGUCCAACAUUGUCAGAGUGGGUAACAUCAAGUUCCAUCCCAAACAAGUGUUGGGUCAUGGUGCUGAGGGCACCAUUGUAUACAAGGGUCAGUUUGACAACCGUCCGGUGGCGGUGAAAAGGAUUCUCCCGGAGUGCUUCAGCUUUGCAGACCGGGAAGUUCAGCUGCUGCGGGAGUCGGACGAGCACCCGAACGUCAUUCGGUACUUCUGCACCGAGAGGGACCGCCAGUUCCAGUACAUUGCCACCGAGCUAUGUGCUGCCUCUCUUCAAGAGUAUGUGGAGAUGAGAGAUUUUGACCGUCAUGGACUGGAGCCGGUUAUGCUACUGCAACAGGCCAUAUCGGGACUGGCUCAUCUGCACUCCCUCAACAUAGUCCACAGAGACCUGAAACCUCACAAUAUCUUAGUGUCCAUGCCCAACGCCCAUGGUCGGGUCCGGGCCAUGAUCUCAGACUUUGGCUUGUGCAAGAAAUUAGCAGCAGGCCGCCAUAGUUUCAGCAGAAGGUCUGGAGUGCCGGGGACGGAGGGCUGGAUCGCUCCCGAGGUUCUCAGCGAGGACUGCAAAGACAACCCGACGUGCACUGUUGAUAUCUUCUCUGCUGGAUGCGUCUUCUACUACGUGGUAUCUCAAGGUAGCCAUCCUUUCGGCAAGUCACUGCAAAGGCAAGCCAACAUCCUUCUGGGAACAUACAGCCUAGAUCAUCUGCAGACCGACAAACAUGGCGACAUUGUAGCCCGAAACCUGAUAGAGCAGAUGCUGAGCAUGGAUCCUCAUCUCAGGCCCUCGGCCGAGUGUGUUCUCAAACACCCUUUCUUCUGGAGCCUGGAGAAGGAACUACAGUUCUUCCAGGAUGUGAGUGACAGAAUCGAGAAGGAGCCGCUGGACGGAGCGAUUGUGAGACAGCUGGAGCGAGGAGGGCGGGCUGUGGUCAAGAGUGACUGGAGGGAACACAUCACCGUGCCGCUGCAAACGGACCUGAGAAAGUUCCGGUCCUACAAAGGCAGCUCAGUCAGAGACCUCCUCCGUGCAAUGAGGAACAAAAAACAUCAUUACCGAGAGUUACCUGCCGAGGUCCAGGAGACACUGGGCUCCAUCCCUGAUGACUUUGUUUCCUACUUCACGUCUCGUUUCCCCCACCUGCUAAUGCACACGUAUCUGGCCAUGCGGACCUGCGCUACAGAGAGGUUCUUCCUGCCUUACUAUUCCAAAAUGGCAAAAGUGGACCAUCCGCCACAAAGCCAACCACCGUCAACAGACAUGUUACAAUCACAAGAAUCCACACAUGCGUCACAAGUGGACGCGCAGGAGGGACAUGGCCCCGAAGGACCACACGAACCCGCUGCUUUUUUAGACCCGCCAGUCGAGUCUGCGGAAGCGUCACCAUCAGACCUGAACUGGCACACGCUUGCCUCGGAACCCCUGACAUCUCAUCUCCGGUUAAACGGGUCCAGCUUGCCAGACGGUGGAGCAGCGUGAACGCAGUCAUCCACGUCCCGUACAAAAUUGGAGAGUUUCGCCUUAAAGAGUCAUGGGCCACUUGAGAAGUUUUGUGCCGGUGAGGACCAGGCCUGCAGUGCCUGGGAGACGCUUGACAAGGACAGCUGCUGCACCGUGAAUCAAAUAAGUGCCUUCUGGGUUAAAUGCAAAAGAACUAUUCGCAAGUUUGACAACUAAAAACGGUUGUUUGACUUUGUGUCAUGCUGAACAGAUUUUUUCCCUUUUUUUUUUUAAUAUCAAGUCCAAAAAUAGUAUUUGUCCUUAAAAUGUCCGGCCUUCUAUUGUAGGAAUUGUUGAUGAUUAUUGUUGAACAUGUGGGGUCUUUUAUUGUGCAAUGUUGUAUUUUGCAGUACGUUUGUACACUGCCCAGAUAUUGUAUGAAUAUUUUUAUAGAUUUUAUUCAUGUGGCAAAUCUGCCUUUUCAAAACAAAAGAAAGUAAUAACUCAACAGAAGAAAGACAAACAAGGUGCCCAUGUGCUCUUUAGCGCCAGAUGGUUCUAAUUGACCAUUGUAAAUCUGCUUGGUAAUGCUGCUAGCGCUUCUUUCGUCAGUCACAACUGUUGUGCGGAUGUGCUACACGUGGACUGUUUUCGGAGGUUUUCAGGACCGGAAUACUGCAGGUAAUUUAAAAAAAAUUGUUAUUAUCUAUUCAUCUAUGACUUUUAAGGUCAGUCUGCAUAACGCUCGUGCUUCGGAGCGUUGCACACGUGUCACAGUGAAGUUGAUAACUUGCACAUUAAAUUCUAUUUUGUUUUUUUACUGAAA